UAGGAUAAUUGAAGAGGAGGGGAGUAAUACCCAUCUGUCAUUUAUUUCCAGUGUCACCUUGAAGAUGGGAUCUUUUUUGGAGCAUUUAUAGGAUUUAAUUUGAGGUGUUCAGAUGAACUUUACUUUGACGGUGGAUUUCUUUUAAUUAUUUGGAAAAUUAACCAAAAUGUGUUGCUUUUCUUCAUGUAACGUAGCACAGUGUUUACACAACAUGAUUGAGGCUUAAUAACUUUUUAAAAUUCAGACAGUAAAACACAGUUUUUUAGCAUUUCCAAAGGUUAUGUGGUUAUGUGGUCUUUACUGUUUGUGAAGGACGUAUGAAAGUUAAAGUGUAACCUAGUAAAACUACUUUUUGAGACAAAAGAAGGUAGGAAGGUGAAGUCAUGGCCCAUGCUGCGGCUCACCUGAAGAAAGCUCGUGAGCUUGAGGCAAAUCCAGAGUACAGAGCUCUACAGAAAGCCAGGGAGAGGAGGAGACGUCACCGAGAGAGAGCUGAACGUAAGCGGCAGUCUGACAGCAACACCAGUUUCCUGCGGGCUGCCAGAGCGGGAAACAUUGACAAAGUCCUGGACUUCCUGAAAAAUGGAGUAGACAUCAGCACCUGUAACCAGAAUGGUUUGAACGCACUACAUCUGGCAGCGAAGGAGGGACACAAGGACUUAGUGGAGGAGCUGUUGGAGAGGGGAGCACCUGUUGACUCAGCAACCAAGAAAGGAAACACUGCCCUCCAUAUUGCCUCACUGGCUGGACAAAAAGAAGUAGUCAGACUACUGGUGAAGAGAGGAGCAGAUGUCAACUCUCAGUCACAGAAUGGCUUUACUCCACUCUACAUGGCAGCCCAAGAGAAUCACUUGGAGGUGGUGCGAUAUAUGUUGGAAAAUGAUGGGAACCAAAGCAUUGCAACAGAGGAUGGCUUCACUCCACUGGCCAUCGCUCUCCAGCAAGGCCACAACUCAGUGGUCUCCCUGCUGCUGGAGCACGACACCAAGGGUAAGGUCCGCCUCCCGGCCCUGCACAUUGCGGCCCGCAAAGACGACACAAAGUCUGCCGCACUACUGCUCCAGAACGACCACAAUGCUGACGUCCAGUCUAAGAUGAUGGUCAAUAGAACCACAGAGAAUGGGAAGAGUGGGUUUACCCCUCUGCACAUCGCAGCUCACUAUGGUAACGUGAAUGUCUCCACCCUGUUGCUGAACAGAGGAGCUGCUGUGGACUUCACAGCCAGGAAUGGGAUAACGCCUCUCCAUGUGGCGUCCAAGAGAGGCAACACCAACAUGGUGGCCCUGCUGUUGGACCGUGGGGCUCAGAUAGAUGCUAAAACCAGGGAUGGGCUGACCCCCCUGCACUGUGCAGCCAGGAGUGGACACGACCCAGCAGUGGAAAUUCUGCUGGAGAGAGGAGCUCCCAUCUUAGCCAGAACUAAGAACGGACUCUCGCCUCUGCACAUGUCUGCCCAGGGAGACCACAUAGAGUGUGUAAAACUCCUGCUGCAGCACAAGGCGCCUGUUGAUGAUGUCACACUGGACUACCUCACAGCGCUGCACGUCGCAGCUCACUGCGGCCACUAUAGAGUCACCAAGCUUCUGCUGGACAAGAAGGCCAAUCCCAAUGCUAGAGCACUGAAUGGUUUCACUCCUCUCCAUAUCGCUUGUAAGAAGAACAGGGUGAAGGUGAUGGAACUGUUGGUCAAAUACGGAGCCUCCAUUCAGGCCAUCACUGAGUCUGGCCUGACUCCCAUCCAUGUAGCUGCCUUCAUGGGCCACCUCAACAUCGUUUUACUUCUGCUACAAAACGGAGCAUCUCCUGACGUCCGUAACAUUCGUGGUGAGACAGCUCUCCACAUGGCAGCACGAGCAGGUCAAAUGGAAGUGGUUCGCUGCUUGCUGAGGAACGGAGCGUUGGUGGAUGCCAUAGCCAGGGAGGACCAAACUCCCCUCCACAUAUCAUCCCGUUUGGGGAAAACUGACAUAGUCCAGUUGCUGCUGCAGCACAUGGCACAUCCAGAUGCCGCCACCACCAACGGCUACACUCCCCUCCACAUUUCCGCCAGGGAGGGCCAGGUAGAAACUGCUGCGGUGCUGCUAGAGGCUGGAGCUUCACACUCACUGGCCACGAAGAAAGGAUUCACUCCACUACAUGUAGCAGCUAAGUAUGGAAGCCUUGAUGUAGCAAAACUUCUCCUUCAACGCAAAGCUCUUCCUGAUGAUGCUGGCAAGAAUGGCUUGACUCCGCUACAUGUGGCAGCUCAUUAUGACAACCAAGAAGUAGCUCUGCUUCUGCUGGAUAAAGGAGCAUCGCCUCAUGCUACGGCAAAGAAUGGCUACACUCCUCUCCACAUUGCAGCCAAAAAGAAUCAAACGAACAUCGCAUUGGCACUGCUGCAGUAUGGAGCAGAGACCAAUGUCCUGACCAAGCAGGGAGUCAGCCCUCUACACCUGGCAGCCCAGGAAGGACACGCUGAGAUGGCCAGCCUGCUGCUGGUCAAAGGAGCUCAUGUCAACACAGCCACCAAGACCGGACUGACACCACUGCAUCUCGCAGCCCAAGAGGACAGGGUCAGUGCAGCAGAAAUACUCACCAAACAUGAUGCCAACUUGGAUCAGCAAACUAAGCUCGGAUAUACCCCUCUAAUAGUGGCCUGUCACUAUGGAAAUGCCAAGAUGGUGAACUUCCUGUUACAGCAAGGUGCUAGCGUCAAUGCCAAAACAAAGAAUGGAUACACACCACUUCACCAGGCAGCACAACAAGGGAACACACACAUUAUUAAUGUGUUGCUACAACAUGGAGCCAAGCCCAAUGCUACUACAGUGAAUGGAAACACUGCUCUGUCCAUUGCCAGACGUCUGGGUUACAUCUCUGUCGUGGACACAUUAAAAGUCGUCACUGAGGAGGUCAUCACUACCACAACGACGGUCACAGAGAAACACAAGCUUAAUGUUCCUGAGACCAUGACUGAGAUCCUUGAUGUGUCUGAUGAAGAAGCUCUGAGGCUGGAAGACGAGCCAUUAUCUGAGAUGUCUGUGGAGCUGGAAGGUGAGGACACGAUGACAGGUGACGGAGGAGAGUAUCUGAGAGCAGAGGAUCUAAGAGAGCUGGGAGAUGACUCUCUGCCCGGACACUACCUGGACGGGUUCAGCUACAUGAGCCACAACCUGGACAGGCCACAGCACACUCCCAUUCACCAAAGUUACCAUCAGAAAGAGGGAGUUCUCAUCGAAGAUAUGCUUACAAGCCACCAGGUGUCGGCACUGUCUAGAGAGCAUGACAAGGACUCAUUCCGUCUGAGCUGGGGUGCUGAGCACCUUGAUAAUGUCGUGCUGUCCUCCAGUCUGCUUCACUCUGGCCGUUCCUCUCCGUGCCUAGACCAUGACAACAGCAGCUUCCUGGUUAGCUUCAUGGUAGAUGCCAGGGGCGGGGCCAUGCGUGGCUGCCGUCACAACGGCCUGCGAAUCAUUGUGCCACCAAGAAAGUGUUCUGCACCCACGCGGGUGACAUGCAGGCUGGUGAAGAGACACCGUCUGGCCUCUAUGCCUCCUAUGGUGGAGGGUGAGGGGCUGGCUGGUCGCAUCAUUGAAGUGGGACCCACUGGAGCCCAGUUCUUGGGUAAGCUCCACCUUCCCACAGCUCCGCCCCCUCUAAAUGAGGGUGAGAGCCUGGUCAGUCGCAUCCUGCAGCUGGGUCCUCCAGGAACCAAGUUCCUCGGGCCUGUGAUUGUUGAGAUUCCCCAUUUUGCAGCCCUGCGGGGAACAGAAAGAGAGCUAGUGAUCUUAAGGAGUGAGACGGGGGAGAGCUGGAGGGAACACCACUGUGACUUCACUGAAGAGGAAUUGAACCAGAUACUGAAUGGCAUGGAUGAAAAACUUGAUUCCCCUGAGGAGCUUGAAAAGAAAAGAAUAUGCCGUAUCAUCACCCGAGACUUCCCACAAUAUUUUGCGGUGGUGUCACGGAUAAAGCAGGACAGUCAUUUGAUUGGACCAGAGGGCGGGGUCCUCAGUAGCACUCUUGUUCCCCAGGUCCAGGCUGUCUUCCCUGAAGGAGCACUCACCAAGAAGAUCAGAGUUGGGCUUCAGGCUCAGCCCAUUGAUGUUGAGGUGGUAAAAAAGAUUCUUGGUAACAAGGCCACAUUCAGCGCAAUCGUCACACUGGAGCCAAGACGGAGGAAGUUCCACAAACCAAUCACCAUGACGAUCCCUAUUCCCAAGAGCUCAAAUAGUGACGCAUCAAGUGGAGUGUACAGUGGGGAGACACCCACCUUACGUUUGCUUUGCAGCAUUACAGGUGGAACCACUCCUGCCCAGUGGGAGGACAUCACUGGCUCCACACCUCUCACAUUUGUUAACCAAUGUGUUUCUUUCACCACAAAUGUGUCAGCGAGGUUCUGGCUGAUUGACUGCAGACAGACCCAGGAGUCUGUUAGUUUUGGCUCUCAGCUGUACAGAGAAAUCAUUUGUGUUCCAUACAUGGCCAAGUUUGUGAUUUUUGCAAAGACGCUGGACCCCAUUGAGGCCCGCUUGCGCUGUUUCUGCAUGACGGACGACAAGAUGGACAAGACACUAGAGCAGCAAGAGAACUUCACUGAAGUUGCCCGUAGCCGAGAUGUUGAGGUGCUGGAGGGAAAACCCAUAUUUGCUGACUGCUUUGGAAACCUGGUGCCUCUUACCAAGAGUGGACAGCACCAUGUGUUCAGCUUUUAUGCCUUCAAAGAGAACAGACUGGCCCUCUUCAUCAAGAUUAGAGACACAGCACAGGAGCCAUGUGGUCGCUUGUCCUUCACCAAGGAACCACGCACGUAUCGUACUCUUAACCACAACGCCAUCUGCAACCUUAACAUCACUCUCCCAACAUAUUCAAAGGAGUCUGAUUCAGACCAAGAUGCAGAUGAUGAGAGUGAGAGGAGUGACAAGAAAUAUGAUGAGUCUGAAUCAACUGAGACAUUCUCCCUGAGAACUAACCAACCUCUUGACCCUGCAACUCUUGCAAGUCCGGACCUUCUCUCAGACAUGUCAGACAUCAAACUGUCUGCUACCUUAACUCCAGAGCAAAUGGAGCACUUAAUGUAUGAAGAGAGAGCUGGAGCUAGAGGGCUGGAGGAAAAAUCUGGAGGGAUUCAAAGAGGUGGCAUAAAUGUUAGUGGACAGGAAGUACAUCGAGAUGAUGCUAAAACAGAGAAAUGGGGUUCACUCUAUGAAACUAAGACUGCUGAAAUGAAGUAUCCCCCUGUUGAAGAACCAGUCUUCCAGGAGAUUUGCAUUCAGGGGAAGACUUCGAGUAGAUCUGCCACACAGGUCAGAGACAUGACAGGCAUUGUCUCACACCUCAGCAUUGACAUGGACCAGUACCUGGAAGAGAGACCUGUAGUGACAUCUGGUUCUCUAGAAGACCUUGUCCAAGAUAGAUUUGAACAGAUUAUUGUAAAGCGUGAUGGCAAACGCCGUCCCCCAGAUAUCAAGAAACCUAUUAGGAAAAAACUCAGAGACAGAGAGCGUUCUGGAUGUAGCAGCUCUGAGGGUGAGCUGGAAAGGAUGAGCUCUGAGGAGUCUUUAGAUGGUGAUGUUGUUCUAAAGGAGAGUGCCCUUGUACCUACCACAGUUAUGGAUCCUCCAGCCUCUCCUUUAGUGGUUGAAACACCUAUAGGCUCUAUAAAGGACAGAGUUAAAGCUUUACAGAACAAAGUUGAAGAGGAGGAGGUGCAAAAAAAUACUGAAGAACUAACACCUCAGGCAAAAUCUUCUAUCGCCAUAAAGAAGAAUGAGGCAGGCAUGCCAGAACUUCCCAGAGUUCCCAAGUCCCCUAAAUCCCCCAGGUCUCAGACAGAAAGAUUAGAGGAGACUAUGUCUGUUAAGGAACUGAUGAAAGCAUUUCAGACUGGACAGGACCCCUCAAAAAAUAAAGCUGGCCUUUUUGAGCACAAAGCUGUGCCUUCUUCUUGUACUUCAACAUUGAUAUCUGAAUCAGGAGAUUCUGCUCACAUACUGAUGACAGAACAAAGUUCUAUGCAAGAGCCGAAAUCACAAACCCAAACUCAGAGCCUUACAACUUUCUAUCAAGAGAGUGAUGUCAAGAAACGCAACAGAACACACAUAGAGGAUCAACCUAUACACUUAAUCAGAGAUGACUCUGAGGAAUCACAGUUAAUGUCACAUAGCACUUCUUUCGGAAAGACAGUAACAUUUGCUGAUACAAUUCAAUGUGACGAUGGAAGCGCACAGCGAGAGGCACUAGAGUUGUCAGAGAGGGAGACUAUGUCUGUGAAGGAGCUGAUGAAAACAUUCCAGACUGGGCAAGAUCCCUCAAAAACUAAAGCAGAGCUUUUUGACCACAAAGUUGUGACUUCUUGUAUUUCAACUUUAAUAUCUGAAUCAAUAGAUUCUGAAGAGACAACGAUGACUGAACAAAGUCCUAUGCAGGAGCCGAAAUCAACAAUCCAAUCUCAGAACCUCACAAUUGUACAUAAACAGAGUAAUGCCAUGAAAUGUGACCAAACCGCCUUAGAGGAUCAGCCCGUAAGCUUAAGCAGAGAUAACUCAGAGGGAUCCCUGUUAAUUUCAGGUAGUGCUUCUUUUGCAAAGACAGUAACAUUUGCUGAUACAGUUCAGUGUCAUGAUGGAAGUGUUAGCCCACAGAGAGAGGCACCAGGGUUGUCAGACAAAGGGACUGUGUCCGUGAGGGACCUGCUGAAAACAUUCCAGAGUGGGCAUGAUCCCUCAAAAACUAAAGAGGGGCUUCAUGAACACAAAGUUGUGGCUUCUUGCAUUUCAACAUUGAUAUCUGAAUCAGGAGAUUCUGAAAAUAUACAAAGGACUGAACAAAGUCCUACGCAGGAGCCAAAAUCACAAACCCAAACUCAAAGCCUCAACAUCUUCCAUCAACAGAGUGAUGUCAAGAAGUAUAACACAACAGAUUUAGAGGAUCGGCCAGCAAGCUUAAUCAGAGAUGACUCUGAGGAAUCACAGUUCAUUUCAGAUACUGCUUAUUUUGGAAAGACAGUAAAAUUCGCUGAUACAGUUCAAUGUGACGAUGGAAGUGUUAGCCAACAGAGAGAUGCAUCAAAGUUUUCAGAGAAAGAAACUUCAUCUGUUAAGGAGCUAAUGAAAGCAUUCCAAACUGGGCAGGACACUUUGAAAAGUAAAGAUGGGCUGGGUGAACACAAAGCCAUUGCUUCUUCAUGUACUUCAACACUGAUAUCUGAAUCUGUAGGUGCUGAAGAGAUUCAGACGACUGAACCAGCACAGGAUCCAACAUCACAAACCCAAAAACAGACUCUCACAAUUUUCCGUUCCCAAAGUGAUGCUGACAUAUGUGGACCACUGGAUUUAGAGGCUCAAUUGGUGAGCUUAAAGAGAGAUAACUCUGAGGAAUUACAGCUAAUUUCAGAUAUUGCUUUCUUUGGAGAGACAGUAGAAAUUGACGAUACACUUCAGUCUGAUGAUGGAAGGGUUAGCCCUCAGAGAGAAGAGCUAGAGUUGUCAGGAAAGAGUGCGAACAGGAUGCAGUUAGAAGAGCCAGUCAUAAGCACUGGCAGGAGUUUAUCUGAAGAUGUCCAGAUAAGCCCUGAUCGCAGACCUUCUGAGGACUUCAGUGCUGAUAUAAAGGCUGAGCUGGAAGAAAGUCCUGAGUACCAGCUUUUCAAGCGAACAUCAACAGCUGAAGAUGUAAGUGACCAACUUCAGGCACCUGAGGAGGAAACCUUGGCUGAUUCUGAUACAAAUCCACCAUCCAUCUCCAGUCCCUGUAUGAAAAGUUAUUUUGGGGAAGGUGUUUCUCUUAUUGAGAAUCAAAUAAAAGAUUAUGAUCUAAGUCCUGAGAGUCCCAAACAUGAAGGUAUGGCUGAGUCCUCAAACACUAGUGUUGAUAUUAGAACCUCUUGUUCCCGCUCAGGGGAGAGUGAGAAUUAUGAAAGAAACUCAAUGACAGAUCAAAUGACCAAUGAAAUGCUUACUUACUCUAGUAGGAGUGACGAAACAUACAUCUUACCUUCACAGGAGGAGAGAUUUCACGAAGAAAGCAAAGAUAACAAAACAACUGAUCAUGGAAGCAAAAUAUUCUUUACACAAACUGGCACUGAAGUAACAGAAGUCGAAAUCGAGGAGCCACAACUUCAGGAAGUCCACAUUGAGAGGAACACAUUAAGCCAGGCAUCUACUGCAGUAAAAGAUAUGUCAGGGAUGUUGACCUUAAUGAACAGUGACUUGGAUCAGUAUCUAAAAGCUAGGCUUGUGGCAAGUCAGCCACCAGAAGAGGAUAAUGUACAGGAGAAAUUUGAGCAAAUUAUUUUAACAAAGGACAAAGAUAAAGAAAUUCUUGCAGUUGUUACUGAUGAAAGAAAAGGAGCAACAGGGGGUGGCACAACACACAAAAUACAUCAUGCACCAAUGGAAGAACAUCAAAUUGGGUCGGGAGGUGAAGAAGCACAGUGUGAAUUUAAAAAGGCAAAAGAAGCAAAAGAUAUGUCAGGGAUGUUAUCAGUCAUGAACAAUGAGUUGGAUCAGUAUCCUGAUGCUUUGCCUGUGGCUACGCGACCAAUAGAAGAGGAUAAUAUGCAGGAGAAAUUUGAAAGUGUCUCAUCUUUCUCUGAUGAAAAUAAAGGAGUGACAGUGGAUGACACAAUACAAGAGACAGAUUACGCUGCAGUGAAACAUAAAGUCACAAGCAAAAGUGAAGAAAUGGCGAGGGAAUUUAAAGAGACCCAAGCAACCUUCACUGAAGAACUCCUAAUGAAGGAAGAGUGGGUAGAGAGAAAGGCUUCAAAUCAGCUGUCUACAAAAGUAAAGGAGAUGUCAGGCAUGCUGUCACUGCUUAACGCUGACUUAGACAAGUACCUUGAGGACAGGCCAGUGACUUGUAGGCCUCCAGAAGAGGACUCUAUCCAGGAGAAAUUUGAACAAGCUAUUAUCACCAAAAUCCAAAAACCCUCUAGUGAGGAGCAAAUAAUCACAAUAUGUGAAAAAACGCAAGAAGUAGCUAGUACUGAUGUAGAGGAUCAUAUAUGUGGAGAGACACGUGGACAGACUGAUGUGGUUGAACUAAAAGAACUUACACCAAGUUCCGUACUGGAGACAACAGUCCAAGAAGUUUGCAUCGAGAGAAAGACACGGCAACAACAGUCUGCAACUGAGAGGGAUAUGUCAGGCAUGUUGUCACUUCUCAGUAGUGACUUGGAUAAGUAUCUCAAGGAAAAGCCAGUGGAAAUACAGUGCCACCCAGAAGAGGAGAAUCUAGUCCAUGAGAGCUCCAAACAAGUUAUACUGAGGAGGAGUAGUUCACAGGAUAAGAUAGAUGUAGGGGAAAAUGAAAACAUGCAGACCAACAUAGAUGAAGUCAGAGAAUUGUUACCAAGUUCUGUACUGGAGACACCAUUCCAAGAAGUUUGCAUCGAGAGAAAAACACAGCAACAACAAUCUGCAAUUGAGAGGGAUAUGUCAGGCAUGUUGUCACUGCUAAGUAGUGACUUAAAUCAAUAUCUAAAUGAAAAGCCAGUGGAGAUACAAUACCACCCAGAAGAGGAGGUAGUCCAUGAGAGCUACAAAGAAAUUAUACUGACAAAAGACACUGAAACAGAAACUCAUACAUUCUCCCCUGAACACAAGAUGAUGUCACCAGAAGAUAAAAAUCUAGAGAUUGUGGACCUCAACAGAAAGGGAGCUUUGGAGAGUGCAUGGCAGACAUGUACCCAUCAAGAUGAAGGUCCCAAGAGUUUCUCAUCUGAGAGGGACGAGACUAAAACUUCCCUAUGCGCAGCGUCACAUUUUAAUGACUCGACUGAAAGGGUUGUAGGGAUUAUAAAGUCAGAUGUGACAAUGGAUGACUUCAACAGUGAUCAUAAAGAUAUUGAUGAAGUUGCUGCUCAUACAGUGCUCAAAACACACACAUUUUUGCAUACAUCAAGUAGUUCUGACAUGCCAAGACCGGUCAAUUUGAAUAACCUAAACAAGGUGGAUAUUGGUGACCCAGCAAAAGAACCAUGUCAUCAAGACUCACUAGAGGCGAGUCCUCUCAUGGAGGACAGAUCUUCAGACAAAUCCCCUGAUUCAAUUGAGCCAAGCCCUACCAGAGAAUCCCCUACUCCAGAUUCUCUUGAAGGAAGUCCCACUCAUUCAAAGGACACAGAACUUAAGAUGCCAGUCAAGACAGCAGUGUACGAGGAUUAUGCCUCCCAGCUCAAAGCAUGUUAUGCUUAUGACAAAAAUAUUUACAGAGAUGAAAGUGAGCAUGAUGAGCAGGAAAACAACCAUGAUAUCGUCCAAAUGGAAACUGAGAAAGAGGAGAACAUACAUUCCUGCUCAGCAAAGGCAGUAAUUGUUGGCAAUAUGUAUUCUGACACCAAAAUAUGUGACAGUGAGAACACCCACAUGCUCAUGAGGCAAGACUCUCUCGACUCAAAUGAUGGUGAAGAUGAUGCCGCGAAUAAACAACUCACCCCAGAGGAGGAGAUGUUUAUAAUGGCUGCAAAGAUCAAAACAUUUGAGGAGAUGGAACAAGAGGCUAAAAUGAGGAGAGAAAAAUCUGAGACAGGCGAUCUCAGAGAUGAUGAACUAGAUCUAAAAUCUGGCCCAGUUAUACAGUCUUCCUCACAAGAUACACUGGAGAAAAUUUCAGAAAAAUGUGUUUUAGACAGCACUGACAUACUAAGUGAGGCAACAGAUAUUAGUUUGAGCAUUAAAGAGAAGGUGGAAAUUCAGUCACAACUAAAAACAGUGGACAGUUCACUGUGUUCAGAAAGUGAGGAUUGCAUGUUGCUGUUAGCAGAAAGAGAAGCUGAGAUACACAAUGAUAAAAACACUUUAGAAGGUGACCACUCGACACUCACUGACACACGGUUUUCCAGCUGUGUGAGAGAUGAUCACCAUUCAGAUGAUGACAAAGAAGUUCAAUCACCACUGACAGAUGGUUCAGGUUCUGUUAGCAAACCUCAGGAUAUGGUAUGUACUAAAGAACUAGAAAAUGUUAUUCCAGGGUGUGAUGGUAAGAAUAAUGUAGUCCUCAAUGCACAGCUUGAGGCUGAAAAACAGAUGAAUCUUUCUCCUGCAGAGGACAGAAAAACACCUGAUAAAACAUCUGUUCGAACACCAGCUGAUGAGAGAACCCCUGAUCCAUUUCAGUUUCAAGAGGGGAAGCUUUUUGAAAUGACCAGAGGGGGAGCUAUUGAUAUGACAAGAAGAAGCUUUGAUGAAGGGGAGGGAUAUGUAUUUUUUCAUAUAGGGGAUCAUCCAGUUGAUGAAGUUGUGCCAGAGGAGGCUGGGGAAGAUCAAACAAAGUAUUUAACUUUACAGAGUAGUGAUUCCAUUAUAGACACAACCUCUCAAGAUAUCCCCAAAUCAUCUCUGCCUCAGGGUGCCGAUGAAACAAUUCCUACUCCCACUCCCAGGACUCUCAUCAAACCCUCGAGUGACAAGUCAGAGAGUGAAAAACCACUUUCUGAGGCUAAUCUUGGCAGCUCCAUAGAGGUUCAGCUUGGUUCUCCCACUGCUUUGGAAAGACUAACCAACAUUCAAAGUGAGGUAGUAAACCUUGAAAGCCUUGGUCUGGGCUAUCUAGAUUCUACCAUAGCUGACCUUCAAUCAGACACAUCCACACUUGGCCAUUCAGCAUACUCAGAGCAGAGCCAUGAUUCCUCAGACUCUUCUCCUGAUGAUGAGGAGGAGGAAGAUGAAGAGGACCAAUGCUCAGUUAUAGAGAUGUCCCUUUCAGCUGCACAAGCUGGCAUCCCAGCGCAUCAUCAGGAUUCACCUCCACCUUUGAAAAUUACCAUUAAAGACCCAAAGAAAUCAGUGCAUGAUCGUGUUCAAAGAAAAGCAGGAAAAAGCUCAACUUUGGCUCGCAGGACUAGAUCUGAGGCUGAUAGCGACACAAGUAAAGCUUCCAAUAAAAACAGCAGGAGUUAUUCCGACAGUAGUCAACCCACUGAUAAGUCUAACCUUUCUGCCUCCAAACCUCCUGUCAUGACAGAACAGAAACCUCCAGUUCAGACAUUCUCCUCCUCCUCUCCCCAAAAGAAGGAAAUCCAGCUCUCUAAGACAACAGAAACAUCCGUUAGGUCUUCUUUGGAUGUUGAUGAUAUAAGCAGUGGUAGUCACAGGAGUCCGGACUCUGUUGUCUUUACAUAUGACACCCCGGCCGCACACAGUUCUGAUUCUGAUGGAACCCCGUUGCCAUGUGUGCAACCAUCUUCUGGGAGAGAGGAUGUAUUUGAAUCCAGGCCUGCCUGGGAUGACACGGUGGAAACUCAGAUGCAGAGAAUCAUCGAUGAGCCAACUCCAGAGUGUACGCCAGUGGAUUGGCAGGAUGAUGCUGACAGGAAAGAAGAGACAUUAGCAAUCGUUGCAGAUCUUCUUGGCUUCAGCUGGACUGAACUGGCAAGAGAACUGGAAUUCAGUGAGGAUGAUAUCCAGUUAGUGAGAUCAGAGAAUCCUAAUUCCCUCCAAGAGCAGAGCCAUGCCUUGCUGCAGCGCUGGGUCGAGCAGGAAGGCAAACAUGCCACAGAGGACUGUCUGAUUAAGAGACUAACCAAGAUCAACCGCAUGGACAUCGUCCAUCUUAUUGAAACCCAGAUGAACAAGUCAGUUCAGGAGCAAACAUCCAGAACUUAUGCAGAAAUAGAGAAGACACUGGAUCACAGUGAAGUGUCAGUAGCCCUAUCUUCAGUGCAAGAGGAUGCAGACAGCCCCAGAGUUGUGAGAAGGGUGGAGUCAGAUCGCAGACCACCCCCAGCUGUUUCUGAAGAAGAUCUCUCAGUUGCUUCCCUACUGGAUAUUCCUUCAUGGGCAGAGCCUGUUGGACACACUCACUCUGAGAGCAUGCAUGGUGACCUGCUGGAAGAGCUUGAGAUCCCACAUGAAUUGAAUCCUAACCUGUGGACCUCUGAGGAUGUAAUUAUUCAAGAACCUACAAGUUAUGACAACUCUGAUGAGCAAGAAUCAACAGCAUCUUCCAGGGCAAAUCUUUCAGAAUCUUCAAAACAAAAAAAUGUUCAUUUAGGACAGACUCAGGUGUUUCCAACCGAGUCACCCUCCUUGGCACAUGAUUCUAACACACGUUCCACUGAAAAACUAGAAUUACCACUACCAUGUACCUUUGACCUAGGUCAAACACAAUCUGAAAUCACUUUGACAAAUCAAAGUAGCUCACCACAGGAAAAAGAUGAAAACAUGUCGUUCCCAGAACAAAUUGAAAAUUCUGGCUUAGCUAAAUCAAGCUCAGCAACCCCAGACUGCCUUUCUCAAACAGCUCAAGAAAGUCAGGACGACCAAAUCGUCAUGUUCUCCACUCCAACAUCACCAGAGUCUGGGUCACCUCAGCUUGACCAGCUGCUGUCAGAUCUGAAGGAGAUGAAACUUAAAUUUAGACCAGAGACACUUGACCCACGUCUUUCUGAAGUCAGUGAUGAAAGCCCUGGAGUUCAUCAAAUUUAUAAAUUUGAAGACCUUUCACCUGAUGAUCAAUGUCAUACAGAAGAUAGUGAUAACCUAAGAGUCAGUGUGUCAUCUGAUGUAAAGCUUGUAGAAGAUACUAAACACACAAAUGUGACAGUCACAGAGCCUGAACACUUACAGACAUCUAUUCAAGAAGAACCUGAAGUGGUCUUAGUCACUCCUGAUCUAACAAAAACCUCUGAGGCAAGUGUCCCAUCAAGCCUUGGUAGUAGCAAAGAUAGUCCUUUACCCCCUUUUGAGUACCUUUCAACUCCAGAGUCUCCCCAGAGAUCAUGUGAAGUGAUGGAGUCACUGGACCCAAGUUUUCCUGUGGACACAUUACAGUCCAGCACAUAUGAUGAAAAUACUCCCGAGACAUUUUCCUCAGUGUCAUCCCCCAAAUCAGCUGCAAAGAGUCUGUCUGACAUACCUGAGGAACAUCUGGCUAAUCUUUGUGAGGAAGAUCCUACAAAUGACAUUCUUCAAAGUCAAGAUGAACUCGAAUCAGCUACAUUAUCUAAAGGCUCAGUGGGUUUGACAGAAGAAAUCUCAACACAUAGUACCAAAGAUCAACUUCCAAAUUUAUGGGAGACAAGUUUUGUUGAACCCUCUCAGAAUGAAGAUGUCUCUUCUCAAUCUCUUUCUGAUUUGACUCCAGACACAGUUACAUCUGCAAGACAUUUUUGCUUUGAGGAACUGAUUCCGUACCCAUCUGCAGGGGACUUGGAGACAUCUUCAGAUGAGGACAGGCCAAGGACCAGUGGACAACAUUCAGAAGAAUCUCUGACUCCAAUAGAUCCUGAGCGUUUUGGCUCUCAACCCACUCCAGUUGAACACAAAGCAGAGGGGACUUCAUCAACCUCCGAUGAGGAGUACAGCAUCCCACCUGGGUAUGCAAAUAUCUCUCCUACUACAGCUGUCAAUACCCACAUGCCUCCAGAAUACGCAGAAGUUGUGCAUAGUGGUGCAGACAGCCCAACUGUUGAAUACUCUGACCCAGAGCCUUACUUUGACUGCAUACAGGCUGCAUCAGAUUUCUCAGAGACUGAGCUUGAUGAACCUGAGACAAGUACCAGGUCAAAUAAGGAUCAGCCUCAGGCUCAUUUUAGCCAUCCUAGAGUGCUAGACAAGGGGAAUCGAAGAGUCCUGUUAUCUUCUGGAAGUGAAGACUAUGAGGAUGCUCCUUUUGUCUAUGAGCCUCUUUAUAAUGUACCUGAAGAGAACAAAGAAUUAUUACAACAUUCAGAAACAUCGGAUGAAGAAUUCACUCUGUGUGAGGCUUCACAACCGCCUCCUGUCUGUGAAAUUGGGGCAUAUGAUGAUACUGAUAAAUCUCUGACAAGGGAGAUCAACGCAGAGCUCGGAUCAAUGUCAGAAAGUUCAGAUGAUGAAUUUUUGACCACCAGGAUAGUGCGAAGGAGAGUUGUCAUUCAGGCUGAUGAUAUGCCUGAUCUCCCCACUCAGUCGGUGACGGAAGAAAAAUACAAGGAUGAAAAUGGACACAUUGUUGUCAAGAAGGUUACGCGUAAAAUUAUCCGCAAGUGUGUUUCCGUGGAUGGUGUGGAGUGUGAAGAGGUGUCAUUAGAAGGACCUCCCCAUGAGUCAAUCAAAAAAUCCGAGGGAGAUGGAUAUUCGAAGGUAGUGAAGCGGACCAUAGUGAAGAGUGAAGGAGACCACACUGAGGUAACAUUUGCUGAAUGUGCGGGAUUCUCAGCAUCAAGUCAGGAGACACCUGAAGGUUGUAAGGUCAGUCGCGUAGAAAGGACAACGGUGGUGGAGGGUGAAAGAACAAUGACACACCAAGGGGAUCCGUCUCUGGCCUCUGACUUCCCCUCAGCCCAAGACGACUUCAAACAGGCACUAGGUUAUAUAAGUGGUGUUAGUAGAACAGAGCUCCCUCAUGUGGUAGAAAGCGAGACUGUCAAAGAAGAUGGAACUGUGGUCAGGAGGGCCCACAUGCAUAAAGGUCGCACCCGCAGACGAAUCGUGGUGAAGGGACCUGGGCAGCGCAAACAGGUCCUUCUAGAGCAAGUGGACAAUCCCAUAAAAGGGUCAAAACCACACGACCUCCAGCAGCAUCUCCACCAGCUCUUUCACCGCUACUACAAAGAAGAAAAGGAGGACAACAAUGAGGACGAUGAAGACGAGGAAGAGUAGAAAAAUGUGUAACACUCUUUUCCCCGCUCCCUGGCUCUGCCCAUGCUAAAGUCCCCCCCAGUCCUAUGCAUUAGCCACAUGCAAUCCCAGUGUGCACCACUGCACCUCAAAUCUACCACUGUCUUCCCACUGAAGUCCUGGAAGAUAACCUUUUGUUCACAACUUGUUUUCUUCCCUGGCUGGUUUAACGUAUUCAUGAUUUUCUUUUCAUGUUCCCAUGUUGUUUUGCCUUUUUGUGACCAAAGAAAGCCUUUUGUUGUUUUCCUGAUUCAAUUUACUUUCCAUGUCAGAAUUGAUAUUUUUGUCUUGAUGCUGUGGUAGAGCAACAAAAGAAAAGAAAAGAGAAAAAAAACAGAGGAAUACUAUUCACAUCAACUAACUCGUAAACCUCCUGAAGGUAAAGAACACUUUACCUGCAAAACACAGGUACUACUCCUUGAGUAUGUGCUCGGACUGAAAGACAAUAUCUCUCACACUGCACUGCCUCUCACAACCAGAGUUUCUCAGAUAUUCCUUACUUAAAAACUGUCUCACUCACUGUACUAGCCUCUCCGCUCUUUUGAUUCAGGUGGUCAAGAUGUCACACAGAGAAAACCCGACUGUAUCGACACUGAAUUUAACUGCUGCUGCUGCUGCUGCUGUGUUUUGUGUAGGCUAUGUGUAAUCUUGUCUUUGGGAAUUAUAUAUUAUCUAUAAUCUAGACAUUAUGGACAUCAGUAGCCUAGGAAUUAAUAAUCACUCAUGUGAAGUAGAGCAGGCAUGACUAAUCAACAACAUCUGUCAUUAUGAUCCUAGCUUUGACUGCUUUGUAGUUCUAUGGAUUGCCCUUCUGCCUCUCUUUUCCUUCUGUGUGUGUCUCACCUUCUGUGUUGUUGUGUUUAAUUUUAUUCAGUUUUGGAGGGUCUUUUUCUCUUAAAUUGAUCUCGACUCAUAUUGUAUGAAUGGUGAAUGUGUGAGGGAGAUUGUGCAGUAGGUGCUGCAUGUAUGAGUGUGUGCUAAAUACUGCACUGUCAGCUAGUUCGGAAGGGAUAUUGUCAGUUAUUAUAAGCUUAUUUUUUGAAGAUGUCUUAGUUUAUUUUUGAUUUUGAGUUUACUAGUAAGUGUAGAUAACUUAUUUAAUCUUUGUUUGCCACAGGUGAUUAAGGUCAUCACAGCUAUUUUAAGAGUCACUCGUCUGAUGUGACAUUUGUGGUAAGGUUAUCAGGUGUUUCUGCUUUAUUUCAUGUUAGAUUUUAUUAGUUUAUCUCUUGAACGAGUGUUGGACCAGUUUGUGUGGUGUUUGUUUGUGAGCGAAUGAGUCUGUGAGUGUAGUAAAAGAGUGCGUACCAGUUUCCCUCAGCGAAGAAAAGAAACAUUUAUUUUACACAAACUGCAUUUGCACUCCUGAAUGUCAGGAGGGAGCACCUCCAUGCUUUAUGUGCACAGGAUAUGAGGUACAGUAUAUCUUAGCCACAGAUAGCUUUUAUUUUGACGGGGGGGCAGAUGACAAAUACAAGAUAAUGACACACCAGGCACACGCGCAACGAGGCAGGUUGAGAGCUUAAACAUACCAUUAUUCACAGCUCUGAGCAUCGCUACUGUAUGUAUCUACAACAUGUAAUGUAUUUAUUUCACUAUCACUGUUUACUUUGUGAUUUAGAAAAAUGUAAAAUGCAAACUAGUGGAAGUUCACUGUGACAGGUAUGCUUUUAAUUUGAAGAAUCAGCAUCCCUUUUCUGUGAUGAUGACAGUUAUAUACAUAUACAAUGCAUAUAUAAAUAUCUAUAAGGGCAUGUAUUACUGUAUCAAAAUUCAAAAAGACAAAAACAAAAUGGCUGCAGUGUGUCUAUGGCUGAUAGAGAAUAAAAGUCUACAAAUGUA